UAAAAGUAAAGUCUGCAGAGGUUAGUGUGUGCGAACAGGCGAUGGCGGCUGACCCGUAUUCUCUCCGACUUCUCGUCGAAUUGGAGGAAAACAACAUACCAAAGUUGAAAACCAAGUUGGUGAAGUACUUCCAGAGCAAGAAGUCCAACGGAGGGGACUGCGAGGUGGACUACGAAAAUGGCAGCGGGACUGCGGUGCUUCGCUUCCGCACGGAGAAAGAUCGGCAGGAUGUUUUGGCCAAAGGGGCGCACCGGCUAGAUCUGCCACAAGGGGUGUUGAAAAUGAAAGUCAGCUUGCUGACUGAUGACGGAACCAGCCAUUUAGAUGACUCAGCUGGUGACUCCGUCCGGACACAAGCAGCUGUUGGUGAUAACCAGGAGAACAGCCUGACGGAACCAGGCGAUGAGUUGAGGUCUGUCGCUGCUGUGAUAGAGAACGUACCGGAAAGUUUGAAACAGGAGCUGUUGGAGAUGCUGGUGGAGAAUAUCUUGAAGGACCCAAAGCCAACAGCUCACACCAAAGCGUAUACAUUGGAAAUCAUUCCAGAAAUGUCUUUGGCUGUGGUGACGCUCCAGAAUGCAAAAGAAAACUCUGCUUUAAUCCGGCGAUGUCCAGAGAACAAGAUUUUUAAAAAGCAUGGUCUGGCAGUCCGUCCGCUUGAGGUCACCAGGGAAAUCCUUGUCGAAGGUGUCCAGACGAGUGAGGAUGUCCUCCAUCUUUACUUUGAACAAGAAGGUGAUGUUGAAAGUGUCGCUCUCAAUGAAGACGAGGGCACUGCCCUCAUCACCUUUUUCGAACCGCAAGUGGCGCAGAAAACCCUCGCGAAGAAACACUCCAUCCAACGGAAUCAAGUCAAAGUUUAUCCGUUCUAUGGAUCCUUGGGAACUGCCCUUUAUGGAGCAAAUAGGCCGGUUAUGAAACUCCCUGCUUCGAAUUUAGAACCCAUAGACGUCGCAGUCCGAAAGUAUCUGGAGGUGGAAAAGGCUGAGGCUGAAACAAUUCACAAGGAUUUGGCUGAAGUCUUCUGCCUUGUAGAACUUAGAGAAUCAACCGUCCGUCUGAGCCCGCUGCCAUCAUUGAUAAAACAAAGAGACGCAAAGAAAUUAGCCCAAAGUUGGACUGCGACAGUUAAGUCAGCUUUUGAGCAAUCCAUGUCAAGAUUCAAGCGAGUGACCUUCCAGCCAGGGAGUGAUUCUCUGGAGGAGACGGAAGAAGCGUUUCAAGAGAUGCUUCCCAAGAACAUGGUCGUGAUCCCGGAGAAAAAAAACGGUGAAUUAGCAGUUGUUGGCCGGAAGGAUGACGUUGACAAAUAUGAGCAAAUGCUUUCGGAUAAAGUGAGGGACAUAGUCAAAACAGUGCAAAGAAAGAAAUUGUCAGUAACCCAUCAGAUUGAUGUGUCACCAUCUGUUUUUCACAUUUUGAACCAACAUGGCCUUGAGUCGAAGCUGCUAGGUGGUCAGCCAGAAGUCCAGAUGUCCUUCGACCAAGAGAAAAAAAGCCUGUCUUUCACUGGCCUGUACGAAGAAAUCUGUCGAGCCAAGGAAACCCUCUUUGGUGAAAUCUUUCGUCUUAAAGUGAACAAGUUAGAAGUGGAUGGCAUGUUCUUUGACUUUCUGAUGAGCGAAGACCAAGAGGAGCUUACCGAGGUCUUCUUCAAAGCUAAAGGAAUAAAUGCAGCCUUUAAAAUUAACGCUGGGGUCAUCCAGCUCACUGCCAUGUCCGACUUAGUUUUGACCAAAGCUGAAGAGCACCUGAGAAAUCUGCUGAAGCCCAUGAUCAUUCAUCUUCACGAUAGGGACGUCGUGAAGAUGCCAGCGUGGGGCCAACUCGUCCAACAGUUGGAGGAGGACCACAAAGAGCUCAGCAGGAAAAUUCACAUCAACACCGAAGAAGAUCAAGUUGUUGUCUUUGGACAUGAAGGGGAGCUCACAAGUGUGUGCAGCAAACUGGAGGAAUUCAUAGAGCAGAAUUCCUACUUGGAAGAAGUGAUCCCGGUCAAGCCUGGCAUCCUAGUCAAAUUCAUUCUCGAAUGCCAAAACUCCUGGUUGGGGAACGUGCCUGGCGGAGUCAAGAUCUCUCCUGUGAAUGGUGGAAUCCAUGUUUGUGGUCGGAGUGCAGAUGUAGAAGACUGCAGCACUGCUAUUGACAACAUGCUCUGCAGUGUGUGUUGGGAAAAAAUUAACAUCAGUAAGGCUGGGAUGAAGAAGUUCAUGAAAGAUGAAGAAGCUGUUUACGCACAAUUGCUCAAGAGAGAAACUGGAUGUCUGGUGCAGCUGAUUGAAGAGCCACCAGCUGGAGGUGCCAAAAAAGAUGUCCAAAAGAAAGUUGCAAAUCCUGCACCCUCCCCUAACUUAUCCCCGCUGAAAACUCUUGCCAAUAACCCAAACUUUUUGGGAAACGCUGUCACCAAGGAGGGUGUGAAUAUAACACUGAUGAAGGGGAACAUUCAGGAGGCUGAGACGGAUGCUGUCGUGAGCUCUCUGUCCUCAGAUCUUAACUUGAGCAAAGGGCAGAUUUCAAAGGCCAUCUCAGAGGCGGCUGGUCCCAAACUUCAGGAGUUGGUAACGGCGUUUAACAGCGCUCACGUUGGGGAUGUUUUUGAGACUGAAGGCUGCCAAUUAAAAAGCAAGAAAAUUAUUCACGCAGUCUGCCCACACUGGGACAAGGGAGGUGGAAAAGUAGAACAGCUGAUGCGUGGCAUCAUCAAAAAGUGUUUGGACAUGGCGGCAAAUUCUGGCAGUACUUCGAUUUCCUUCCCAGCUGUCGGUGCAGGAAACCUUGGUUUCCCAAAAGCCCUUUCUGCAACUAUACUGUUUGAAGAAAUCCUGGCAUUUAGCACCAAAAGAAGCCCCUCAAAUCUGAAGAAGGUUACACUUGUUCUCUUCCCAUCGGACACCCAAACAAUCCAGGAUUUUGGACAUGAAUUUCAGAAAAAGUUCCCAGGCUGUACACCAGGGCCAAGUCUUCCAAAAUUAACAGGCUCCUUGUCCAAAAUUGUUUCCACCAAGGGCGUGCACGAGGCCAAGUUCGGCGCUGUGACUAUUCAGGUGGUCUCUGGAGACAUCACCAAGGAAACCUCUGAUGUGAUUGUCAACUCCUCAAACAACAAUUUCACCCUGAAAACCGGUGUUUCUAAGGCUAUUCUGGAAGCUGCUGGCCAGUCUGUGGAAACGGAGUGCCAAACCCUUGGUGCACAGGCACAUCAGGGCAUGAUCAUGACACAACCAGGCAACCUGAAGUGUAAAAAGAUCCUCCACCUGGAAGGACAAACCACCCCUGUGAAAAUCAAUGCUGUGGUAAAGGAUGCGCUCGAAGUCUGUCUCAAGGAUGCUUACAAAUCUGUCUCCUUCCCUGCAAUUGGGACUGGCCAAGGUGGUGUCGUGGCCAGGCAAGUGGCAGACGCCAUGUUGGAUGCGAUUGUGGACAAGCUGAGUUCAGAAAAGUCCUGUAGCCUUGAGAGAAUCCGGAUCGUCAUUUUCCAGACCACCAUGCUUAAAGACUUCUAUGAGAGCAUGCAUCUCAGGGAAGCCCCUCAAGCCAAACGGGAAGAAGGCUUUUUCUCAAGACUGAAAUCAUUCUUUACAAGUGCUGUGAGCCCGGAAAGAGAGGACGAAGACAUGACCAUUGAGGGUAUCAACUGUGAACCCGUUUGCUUCCACGUCUGUGGUAACACUGUGGCUGAAUUGGCCUCGGCGAAGCAAUGGAUGGAGGAAUAUAUGAUUAAAGAAUACACCACCAUUUCCUUCACGGAUGAAAUCAUAACGCUGUUCUCUGGGAAGGAUUGCAAACGCAUCAACGACAUGCAGAAGAAGAUGGGCUUGAACAUAAGGACAAGGCAAAUUCAGGGCAAAACCUCCCUGACAGUCGAAGGCUACUACAAGGACGUUCUUAAAGCUGGUCAGGAGAUCAAUGAGAUGAUGACAAGUGUGAGGAACAAGGAGGAGCAGAGAAAGAAUGUGGAGUUGGCCAGUCGAGUGGCUGAUUGGAGGUACCAAGCUCAGGGGAAUAACUUUAACAGUUUUGAUCCAGAGAGCAACUUCUUUCUUGAACAAGGACUGGAAAACAAACUAGCCAGUGUGAAAGUCACCAUUGAAGGCCAGGACUACACAGUUACCAUGCCAAACGGACCUGCAACCGGUAGUCAGGGACAAACGUUGCAGGUCAAGAGGAUUGCCAAACUAAUGGUCGAAGGUGUGCCUGACCACUGGGAUCUAAUGCCAACCAACAGUACAUGCCACAGAGUCGCACUUCAAGCUGGAACCCCAGAGCAUACGGAGAUCUUGAAGCUUUUCCAGGUCACCUGCCGACACAGUGUUCUGAAGAUUGAAAGGAUCCAAAACCCUGCUUUAUGGAAAAGCCUGGAGAUAAAGAAGAAAGUCAUGGAGCAGAAAAACGGACAUCAGAACAACGAAAAACGUCUUUUUCAUGGCACCACUGCUGAUUCUGUGGCGAAUAUCAAUGAAGAAGGAUUCAACCGGAGUUUUGCAGGAAAGAAUGCUGCCAACUUUGGCAAUGGAGUGUACAUGGCUGUCAGCGCAAGCUACUCCGCCCAAGACACCUACUCCAAGCCGGAUGCAAACGGGGAAAAGUGUAUGUACCUCUGCCGUGUACUGACGGGAGAUUACACACUCGGGCAGCAGCAUAUGAAGGUACCACCAGCCAAGAACAAUUCAUCGCAGAAGUACGACAGUGUGGUCAACGACAUGCAAAACCCCACCAUGUUCGUCAUCUUCCAUGACAGCCAAGCUUAUCCUGAAUACUUGAUUUCAUUCAAGUAGCUGUGAGUGAUACUUGAUACACUGAUCCGAGACAGCGACAUCACUCCUGAAACCCCCAUUAAGUCAGUGAACACUGUGGUGAAUGAGGCACUGAAUCAUGAACACAAACUGUAUUAACCGAUCAAGUUCAACAUAAAGCUGAAGCCAUGGAUGCAGGCACUCGACUGUAUGGCUCCAGUCACUUACUGAUGGAUUGCCCUUGUUUAACUAAUACCACAUGGCUGUUUUAAGAGUAAUCAGGGUUGGCUACUACAGAUAUUUAACGCUUGCAUGGCUUUCCCUCUGACACAGUGGGGCCUAGGUGAGCCACAUAGACUUAACUUUUUCUUUUCGUUUGUCCGAAAACAUGGCUCAGUGAUGAUGAACGAUGGCCUGUGAAGUCGUAUUAACAGCAUUGGGACUUGCAAGUUUCACAGUAUACUGUGGGUGGCAGUUUUCUAAUCAUGAAAAUAAAGUUACUAUGCCCACAUGAUCUUUGAUGCAAUAAAUAAAAAAAUAAAUAAAAUAAUAGAAGUUAAAAAAAAAAGUCUCUGUUCAGGCUAUUAACUUGUUCUGUAUAUGUUUUAUGAAUCCAAGUGUACAAUUCAGAAUUUCUGAAAUAAAGUACAUCAUAAUUUUA